AUGUCCCCUCAAGUGUGUUUCAGCCUUAUGCUUGGUUCCUACUUCCUGUCCUUUUCUGGUGCCAUGGCCUACACCAGAUGCACGCUGAAGCUGACCUUCUGCGAUGCAAACAUCAUCAGUCACAACUUCUGUGACAUCCUCCCUGUGUUCCAGCUCUCCUGCACCAGCACCUACAUCAAUGACCUGAUGGUUUUCAUUGUGGCAGCCAUCAACAUCAAUGUGCCCCCUGCCACCUUAUUUAUCGCUUAUGGUGGCAUCCUUUCCAGCAUCCACCACAUCAGUUUCAACGAGAGAAGAUCCAAAGCCUUUGGCACUUGUAGUUCCCACAUAAUUGCUGUUUCUCUGUUCUUUGUAUUUAGUGCAUUUAUGUAUCUCAAAUCAUCUUCUGCUUGGUCUAUGGAUGAGGGAAAAUUCUUUUCUGUUUUUUAUAUGAAUGUGCUUCCCAUGAUGAGCUCCUUAAUCUACAGCUUAUGA